AUAAAAAUAAAAAGUACAAAUUGUAGUAACUUCAAAGUACAGUUGCCGGAACUAAUCCAAACUCAAAACCUUCUUCAACGCCACAUCACCGUCGAUAAAACCUAAUUAUUAACCGCCACACCGUUACCGGAGAUGAAAGACUUACAGCGUCCGUCGUCGUCUUCAUCGUACGGUUCCGUCUACGUUCCGCCGCAUCACCGCCUUCGCUCCGUCAUCACUACAUCUGCCUUUUCCACCGAUACUACCCCUGCCGUUGUUAACAAUACUAACGGAAAUUCUGUUAUUAGUUCUUAUCAUCAUAGUAAUGGUAGUAACAAUAGUUAUAACGAUAACAGUAAUGGUAAUGGUAAUAGUAUUUUAGCAAACCCUAAUUCCUUUCACCAGCAACAGAGUAAGGUGCAGGUUAAUGGAAACGGCUCGUUUCAAGUAUCCGAUCGAGGUUUCGAGUUCUCAUUUGAUCCCGGUGCUACCACAUCUGAUAUAGAUUCUUGGAAGUGGAGACUAACAACACUACUGCAAAGCAAGGAUAAACAAGAGCUGGUUUCAAGGGAAAAAAAAGACAGACGUAUUUAUGAAGGAAUUUCAGCCUUGGCAACUAAAAUGGGUUUGCAUAGCCAUUUGUAUACCAAAGUGCUUGUUGUUAGCAAGGUUCCGUUGCCAAACUAUCGUUUUGAUUUAGAUGAUAAACGGCCCCAGAGGGAGGUGUCCUUGCCUCCGGGUUUGAAAAGUAGAGUUGAUGUGCAUCUAAGGGAUUACCUAUCUUAUAAGGCUAGUUGUAUUAACAGUUCUCAAGAUGAUUUGUUCUCAAGAAUAAGUAGCAAUGGAGAUGCUGUUACUGAUGAAGGACUCUUUGACCAACCAGAGCUGCCUUUUCAAUGCCAGUUGGCGAUAGGGAAAGUCCUUCAGCAAAGGAGUAUUCAACUGCAUACUCAACAACAAGAAUGGCAGGACUCUUCAGAUGGUUGGAGGAUGCUGCAAUUUCGUAAAAGCCUUCCCGCUUACAAAGAAAAAGAGGCAAUAGUGAAUGCCAUUUUAAAGCAUCAGGUUGUAAUCAUCUCAGGUGAAACUGGUUGUGGGAAGACAACACAGGUUCCUCAGUUUAUUUUAGAAUCAGAGAUUGAAUCUAUUCGUGGGGCCACAUGUAGUAUCAUUUGCACUCAGCCUCGACGCAUAUCUGCUAUGUCUGUUUCAGAAAGAAUUGCCACCGAGAGAGGGGAGAAGUUGGGUGAAACUGUUGGAUAUAAAGUUCGUUUAGAAGGUAUAAAAGGAAGAGAUACCCGCUUGCUAUUCUGUACCACCGGAUAUUUGUUGAGAAGAUUACUGGUUGAUAGGGACUUAAAGGGUGUUACUCAUGUUAUUGUAGACGAGAUUCACGAGCGUGGCAUGAAUGAAGAUUUUCUUCUUAUUGUCCUCAAAGAACUACUUCCUCGUCGCCCGGAACUAAGGGUCAUUUUGAUGAGUGCCACCCUGGAUGCACAAUUAUUUUCAUCCUACUUUGGUGGCGUUCCGUUGGUCCAAAUUCCGGGUUUUAUGCAUCCGGUGCGUACCUAUUAUCUUGAAGAUGUGUUGGAGAAAUCUGGGUACAGAUUAACAGCAGAAAAUCAGAUUGAUGAUUAUGGCCAGGAUAGAACAUGGAAAUCAAAUAAACAGUUUAUAAGAAAGAGAAAAAGCCAAAUUGCCUCAGCUGUUGAGGAAGCGCUUGGAACUGCUGAAUUCAAGGAUUACAGUCAACAAACAAGGGAUUCAAUGUCCUGUUGGAAUCCUGAUUGCAUAGGUUUUAACCUCAUAGAAUUCUUACUGUGCAAUAUAUGUCAGAAUGAAAAGCCCGGUGCUGUGUUAGUAUUUCUGACUGGGUGGGAUGACAUAAGUUCUCUCAGAGACAAACUACAAGCACAUUACCUCCUGGGAGAUACGAGUCAAGUUUUGUUGCUAGCAUGCCAUGGUUCUAUGGCCAGCACAGAGCAGAGGUUGAUAUUUGAAAAGCCAGAAGGUGGGGUGAGGAAAAUAGUUUUGGCUACAAAUAUCGCUGAAACAAGUAUUACAAUAGAUGAUGUGGUAUUUGUUAUCGACUGUGGAAAAGCCAAAGAGACAUCGUAUGAUGCUCUUAACAAUACACCUUGUCUGCUUCCUUCCUGGAUAUCCAAGGUUUCUGCUAAACAAAGGCGAGGGCGUGCAGGUCGUGUUCAGCCUGGAGAGUGUUAUCAUCUAUAUCCUAGAUGCGUCUAUGAUGCUUUUGCAGAUUAUCAAUUGCCAGAAAUACUAAGGACUCCUCUGCAGUCACUUUGUCUUCAAAUCAAAAGUUUAAAACUAGGAAGUAUUUCUGAAUUCUUAUCCAAAGCUUUACAGUCCCCUGAGUUACUAGCGGUUCAAAAUGCCAUCGAAUAUCUCAAGAUUAUUGGUGCUUUAGAUGAGAGUGAAAAUCUGACUGUAUUAGGUCGUUAUCUGACAAUGCUUCCUAUGGAGCCGAAACUUGGGAAAAUGAUUAUACUCGGCGCAGUUCUUAAUUGCCUAGACCCUAUACUUACUAUUGUUGCUGGUCUUAGUGUCAGAGAUCCAUUUUUGGCACCUCUAGACAAGAAGGACUUGGCAGAGGCAGCCAAAGCACAGUUUUCUCGUGAUUUUAGUGACCAUCUUGCUCUUGUGAGGGCAUUUGAGGGUUGGAAAGCAGCUGAGUAUGCACUUACUGGAUACGAGUACUGCUGGAAAAAUUUCCUCUCUGCGCAAUCAAUGAAAGCUAUUGAUUCUCUGCGUAGGGAAUUUCAGUCGUUGCUAAAAGAUACUGGUCUUAUUGACAGCAAUAUGAUCAGUUACAACACUUGGAGCUAUGAUGAAAAUCUCCUACGGGCAGUUAUAUGUUAUGGCUUGUAUCCAGGAAUUUGCUCUGUCGUGCACAAUGAAAAGUCGUUUUCACUGAAAACAAUGGAGGAUGGUCCAGUGCAUCUACACUCUAACUCGGUUAAUGCACGUGAUUCCAAAAUUCCUUACCCUUGGCUAGUCUUCAAUGAAAAGAUCAAAGUGAACUCCAUUUUUCUUCGAGAUUCAACAGCUGUGUCUGAUUCAGUUCUACUUUUAUUUGGUGGAAGCAUUUUGAAAGGCGAUAUGGAUGGCCACUUGAAAAUGAUGGGAGGAUACUUGGAGUUCUUUAUGGAACCUGCGAUAGCGGGAAUGUAUCAAAGCUUAAGACGAGAGCUUGAUGAGUUAUUUCAGUGCAAACUAUUGAAUCCCAGAAUGGACCUGCACACGCACCACGAGCUUAUAUCUGCCGUGCGUUUGCUGCUUCCUGGAGAUAAAUGUCAUGGCAGUUUUGUUUUUAACCGACAGGUGCUAUAUAAUAAUUCAAUACCUUAUAUUGGAUCAGCACCUCCACCACCACCGGUAGUCUCCCGGGUAGAAAGUGGACCUGGUGGUGACAACUCUAAAGGGCAACUCCAAACAUUGCUUACCCGGGCUGGUCAUUCCAUUCCAAGCUAUCGAACCACCCAACUAGCAAACAAUCAGUUUAGGUCCGUGUGUGAAUUCAAUGGCAUGCAGUUUAUGGGUCGCCCUUGCCAGACAAAGAAACAAGCAGAAAAAGAUGCUGCCGCCGAGGCUUUAGAUCGGCUCAUGAGUAACAAGCAAGCAGGCCAUGAUUUUAUUGGUAAUACGUCUACAAUGCUGAAGAAAAGCAAGAAGAAUCCCGACUAACACAACGGGGAGUCUUCGGAAAUUGACGGUCAUUAUAUGAUAGGUUCUCUGUGCUUGCCAAGUAUCUGUUUAAAGCAAUUGAUUCGCAGAUGGUUGACUGAUUCGCCUAUUUUGAAAAUCUUGAAGCAAAAUGGUUGCAAGCACAUGUGGGCCCUGGUAAUACCAGUAGCUUACAAGUAAAUCAGAUGAAUUAUUGUUGUAUAUAAAAUGUAAAUUACUUUACAGUCACUUGCUUCAGUGGUAUGGCCAACUAGUUCUAGGAUUUGGAUUGAAGUCGUUCAUGUGACUAAAGAAUGUUUAAUGACGAAAAUCUGAAGCUUUUGGCCUUUUGGGUGUUCAUGGGAAUGAUGCUAGCUGUGUCUUUGCUUUUGGAUAUUGAAGAUGAAACUUUUUUUGAUAC